AUGAAACGACGAUGGGAUCUUAUGAAGCAUGAUCUCACAGAAUGUGAGGUGUCGGAUCGCAGCAGCUUUACAUUCUCGGACAGCCAGUCCAAUGGCCUUGCUAUCAUGUUUUUCGCUUGGUCCUAUAUUCUGAGUGUCUUCUUGCUUGAACAGCAGAGGACUUCCUUCGUCUACAAAAAAGCAACUGCUCCUCCUUCCACUGCGUCAUCCGCAGACAACGAGUUCACGGUUGACCUCGGCGAGGCCAGCGAUGAAGAAUAUCGCUGGUGGUCAGCCCUCCUUUCCCCGGGUCAAGGUUGGAAGGCUUCCCGCGCCAAGCAGCCGGUGUGGGCUAUCAAGUACACGGGCAACGUCAAAUUUUCCAUCAAGAGCCCACGCACCGAGCCACUAUCGCCUGAUAUCAAGCCCCCUUCCAGCAGGCAGGCAGCUGCCUUCCUUGCUCGAUUUGCCGCCCUGUACAAUCUGGAGGGCCAGGCAAGGCUGGCACUCGCAAUGGCGUUGACCAUUCCACUUCAUGACAGAAUGAUGUCGACGAUUCAACUGCCGAAGCCGCAUCUUGUCAAGCUGGAAGACGCUCCUCCACCCUCUUCGCUCAUCGACAAAGAGUUCCGCCUCUUAUCAUACUACAUGGUUCUCAGCUCCAACCCUACCUUCAUUGGCUCCGCUCUUUGGUCUGUUUUUUGGGAGCCCGCAAUUGAUUGCAACCUAGCCAGCUCUUGGUGUACCCCCAUCAUUGAAGAGAUUCAACCUCUGAUUGAGACUGGGGACCUUGAGACGCUCAGCCAUGUGCUUGCUCUGCGAAGACCCAGCGUUGCCCCCCUGUGGUAUGGCCUGCUUGCCUGUGGUACCACAGACACCGUCUUGGCUAUUAUCCCCUUCCUUGAGAAACUGUAUACUCAUGUGCCGACGAAGUUUAUGCCGGAAGUUGCUGUUUGGACCGACUCCCCUCAGUCCUUCAUGGAUCUCCCUGGAUCUGGCCCGUAUGUGCAGGGAAACCAGGUCUCGCGAGCAGACUUGUGGCGGCUUCGCCAUGAGUACUGGAACGCUUGGAAGGGCGGUAUACACUUCCGCAAUCUACCAAGCACUCCCUUCCGCCCAUUUGGCGCUGUUGAUGUCGAGGAAGUCGAGCUAAUGUUGCGAGGCCAUCUUCAGUGCCAGAGACAUGAGUGGGUGUACUCAGGAUUCACAUGGACGACGCGUAGCCGAAUCGAGCUGACCCAUGAGCCUCGUGUGUUGACGACCUCUUGGAAGCAGUUCGAGGCCGAUUCGCACAUUUACACACCACCUCGCGGCGUGGGAGAGCCUGAUCACAAGAUGGAUUACAGAGCAUCCAAGAGAGCCGUUGGCGACAUGUUCCGAUGGGCUGCCACAGAGAUGGAUCCCUCGGGCAAACACAUCUACUCUCAUGCAUGGGUCGAGAUGGAUGCACACCUCGCUAUGGGUUCGGAAAAGAAGCACAAGCCAAAGGGGUCGGUGCGUUUAUCGGAGCUGUCAAUGGAUAGGAUCAAGGCGUGGGUCGUGAACUCUGGUAAGUGA